ACAUCGAGAAACGAAGGAUAAAUAACACGGAGAUAAACGCCAUCUUAAUCGUUAAUCCACGCACACGGACAAGGUCUGUGCAUUGCAUCUCUCUCAACCGGAAGUCAUUUCAUAAAGACCUUCCACUUUAUUAAUCGGAACAAGUAAUGACCUAUCCACUCAUCAAGCCUCUUUCCCGCAGCCCAUGACCACUGUUUCUCACCUGUUUGUUGGUCGAGUCGUUGGGAAGUGACUUAUCUGGAACAACAACAAGAUCGAGGAUGGGAUAGUAGACCGGCUGAAUAGUCGGGACACAGAGAAUUGGACAUCGGAAAUCAGACGCCGGGAUUCAGACGCCGGGAAUCAGACAGAGGAAAUCGGACACCGAGAGGCGGACACAGAGAAUUAGAGAGUCAGAGACAGAGAAUCAGACACAGCGAAUCAGGCACCGGCGAUCAGACCCGGGGGAUCAGAGCCCGGGAAUCAGUCACCGGGAAUCAGUCACCAGGAAUCAGACGCCGGGAUUCAGACGCCGUGAGUCAGGCCCCGGGAACCGGACGCCGGGAAUCUGACGCCGGGACCCAGACCACGGGAACCCGACCCCGGACAUCAAACCCCGGGAACUAGACCCCGGGAAGCAGACACCGGUAAUCGGACAGCGAUAAUCGGACCCCGGGACUCGGACACCGGGAGUCGGACACCGGGAAUCCUACCCCGGGAAUCCCACCCCAGGAAUAAGACCCCGGGAAUCCGACCCCGGAAACCAGACGCCGGGAAUCCCACGCCGGGAACCAGACGCCGGGAACCAGACCCCGGGAAUCAGGCACCGGCAAUCGGACCCCGGGAAACGGAUCCCGGGAAUCGGACCCGGCGAAUCAUACCCCAGGAGUCAGAAAGCGGGAGUCAGACAGCGGGAACGGGACCCCAGGAAUUAGACCCCGGAGAUCGGACACAGUAGUGUAGGUAGCCGCUACAUUGGUGACCCCGACAGGCCCAAACGUUUUUGGACCCACGAUGUCUGCGCAGCAAGAGGUACAGGCAGUAGCCCUUAAACUGCCCAUCAUUUGGACCCUCCAGCCACGUGUCUGGUUCGACCAGGCAGAGGCCCAGUUCCAGAUUCGCCAGAUCACCAGGGAUGACACUAAGUACUACAACGUGGUGAGCGCCCUCAACCAAAGCACCGCAGCCCAGGUUGAAGACUUCAUCCAGGCGCCCCCGGAGGAGGAGAAGUAUGAUAAAUUCAAGAUCCUCCUUCUAGAGACUUUUGGCCUUUCCCGACGUGAACAGGCCUCCCGCCUCCUCCACCUCGAUGGGUUGGGUGAUAGACCCCCCUCUGUGCUCAUGAACAAGAUGUUGGCCCUGGCAGAUGGCCACAAACCCUGCCUGAUGUUCAAGCAGGCCUUUCUGGAGCAGUUACCCGACGACAUCCACCUGCUCCUGGCGGAUGCCGACUUCAGUGACCCCCGGAAGGUGGCUGCCCGUGCUGAUGUCCUUUGGCGGGCGAAGAAGGAGAGUGGCUCUGAGGGCGGGUCCUGGUGUGCGGUUGCGAGUCUCAUAGCUGUUGGGAGGCAUAACGCUGAGCUCGGCUCUGGUAUCUACCAGGAAACAACAGCCAGAACGCCUGUCCAACACGUGCAAGAGGCUAUCUGUGUGGCCAGCCACCGUAGCCAUCAACGGUGGCUGGCCCUAGUUUUUCCCGAAACCUGCAUGGUGGCCGGCACCUGUGGGCGUCUGUGCCCCACCGCUGGUGGUAGAAACACCAUCAGUAGGUCAGUGUCUCAGACCUGGUAGCAGGUGGAGUAUGGUUGAUUGCCGGGUCUGGCCUGCUGGGCCGCUGGGUAUGUGGCAUGGCAACACGCUCGACAGACGCCCCACUCUCCUUCUUUGCCUGCCAAAGGACAUCAGCAUGGGCGGCCACCUUCCAGGGGUCGCUGAAGUCGGCACUCAUGGCCCGCCUUAAGGGGCCCAACUGGGUGGACGAACUCCCCUGGGUCCUGCUGGGGAUACGUACCGUGCCAAAAGAGGACCUGCAUGCCUCGUCCGCGGAGAUGGUCUACGGAAUGCCCUUGGUCGUCCUGGGCGAGUUCCUACCAGCCCCUUGGGGGCCAGAGGAAGAACCUGCUGCGACGCUCGACUGGCUGCGCGAGCGGCUUGGCAACCUGGCCCCGAUACCCACCCUGCGACGUGGACAGGCCCCGACCCAUAUGCCGACGUCCCUCUGAGACUGUAAGUUUGUCUUCGUCAGGAGGGGCGCGCACCGAACACCGCUGCAGCAGCCGUACGAAGGGCCAUUCCGGGUCAUCAAGAACAAUGGGUCGACGUUUGUGCAGGACAUUGGGGAGCGUGAGGAGGUUUUUACAAUUGACCGGCUGAAGCUGGCUCAUUUAGACCUGGACCAACUGGUAAUGGUCCAGCGAGCACGAAGCGGGGCAGGCCACCCAAGUCAUAGUUUAUUUAAUUCUGGGUUUCGC